GGCUACAUAAAUACCCACAUACACAACAAGUGUCGUUCCAGUGUUUGUUUUCUUAAUUAUUUUUCUUCAUUUUCAACGUUUUUAUAUGGCUUUGUUGCAUCCCACGGGUUAACAGCUCUAAUGACGUAGGACAAACAGCUGACAAACCGCGAGGGGCUAUUAUUAGUAACUGUACAUACAGUUAUUAGCUCCACAAUUAUGUGGAAAGGUAAACCAGCGCAACCCUUCACUGAACCGUGUUCCUGGUCCUGUGACAGCCAGGUACACAAUAACAAGGUGAAGUCCACACAAACACAAAAAAGUCAACAAAUGUAUCCACCUGAUCUUCCCCCACGCAGGAGAGAAAAGGGCGGUCUCCGUGCAAAAAUCUCCCACGGCCCACUCCAAUCAUAACACAUAAUGAGUGUUGCAUUCAAACCAAUCGACGCACGGGAUUCGCUACGCGUCGCUGUAAGCCACGCCCUCACAGGGGCGGCUGUCACAUGACUGACAGCGCUGGAGGCGUGGUCACCGUGGAGGGACAGGACUGACUGCGAGAGGCGACGAAGAAGCAAACAACCUACUUACGGCUUUUGAAAGCCAGCGCCAGUCAGUGGCUUUCUCUCAACCUAGUAGUUUGUGACAGCACACCUCCCAAUGAGACUCGACAGAGGUGGGGUUAGACGGGUAUCGAUCUGCCAUCCUCCGCAGUGAAGUCGAGAAACGAGUGAUCGUGGCUGUUCAUUUAGUGGCGAUGGCGGACUGACGGACUGCAUUCUUGCAAAAGCACUUUUCGAUCUCUUGGAACAGCGGACCACUCUUGUUGUGUAUCGCGAGCCGCUUGACAGUCGACUUUAGUGCCCGCUUGAUAAGGAAAGGAUUUCAACUCUCUUCCUGAACUGACAUUUAUGAUCCUGCGUGAUCCUUUUUACUGAUCGCAAAGCACGACGGUAGUGUAGUUUUGAAAGUUUGGGCAGACCGAGUGAGCAGACGUUUGUUUCUAUGCCGUAUUUUCCUGUCUUGACGAAUAAUUGUACUCGGACAUAACAUCAGAUGAUCUUUAGGAAAUCUUUUUCGACUAUGGUCAACGUGUCCGCCAAUCUUGACGACGCGAGAGUCGUCGUGGAUGACAGCGCCUUCGACGAUGAAGACACCAACGUCGAUGUGCUCACCAACGAUGAUGACGGCGACAACAACAAGAAGAGAAGAGAGAGGGGAAGUAGUCAGUUCUGCACUAAAAGCUCGAUGUACUGCUUCACCACCAACUCGUGCGCCACGGCUUUAGAUGACUGCCCAGCAUCGCGGUCGUCGCCUUCGCCAGACCAGGACUCCCCCUCCGCCAGCCCCGGGGUGGGGGCCCCCCAUUACUCCACACCCGGCAGUCAGUCUAUGUCGCCGUCUCCUUGUUUCUCCGAAGAAGGGGUACCUUUGUCGCCGGUGCCAUCUCGCACACCUCCAGACAGUCCCAGAAACCACUGCGCUCAUCCAACAGAUGCACGUGCUGAGAACUGUGGCGGCGUCAGACGCUAUCGCACGGCCUUCAGCAAGGAGCAGAUCGCGUGCCUGGAGAAGGAGUUCGCCAAGGAGAACUACAUUUCACGCCCCAAGCGCUGUGAGCUGGCCGCCGCCAUGAACCUACCCGAGAGUACCAUCAAGGUGUGGUUCCAGAACAGGCGUAUGAAGGACAAGCGACAGAGGAUGGCACUGACGUGGCCCUACGGCAUUCCCCCCGACCCUCACCUGUACGCCUACAUCGCAGCCGCCGCGGCCUCUACUUUCCCCUACACCUUUCCCGCGCAUGCGCCGGCACAGACUUCCGCCUUGCAUCCCGCAUCACGAGGUCCGCCAGGCCUGCCACACUUCCAGGCUCUUCCCUCGCUGCCAGCGCGCGCCGAGCUGCUGUCGUCCAGGUCGGACAUGCUGACGCAACGAGCUGACAUGCUGACGUCACGCGCCGAGAUGCUGACGUCGCGACCGGAGUUUGUGACGUCACGGCCGGAUCUGAUGGCCGUCCGGCACGAGCUGAUGGCGCCCGCCUUGACUUCCGCCACCUUUCACAAACCUUCCUCCAUGCUGGACGCGCACCCGGGGCUGGCGCCACCCGGGAUAGCCGGGUAUCCUUAUCUGGGACUACAUCCCAUGUCCGUCGCGGCCUUUCAAGAGCAUUCCUUCGGUUCCCUGGCGGGAAAAAUGUGUUUGUGGCCAGCCCUACCCGGGAUGCACACACUUGCGGCGCUGCACAGCCCUGCACCCUCGACCUCCUCGUCACUUCCGACUAAAUCGGAAGUAAAACUUUCUUGACUAACGACCUGAAAAAGUCACUUCAGAAUCAAAGAUCUGAAAUAAAAACUAGGUCAAGCGAUGAUAGAUGAAAGGUGACGAUGCUAGUCGCAUUACAAACUUCGAUAUUACAAUGGCCGUGGUGGUGACAUCACGAGGAGCGGGUACUACAAGAUAAUAAAUCUUCGGUGUUCACGAAUCCUGUCCCUCUCGUCCUCUAUGAUACCCCAGACCAACAAACCACUCCGGAAAGACCGAAAGCAUUCUGGCAUUGAAGCACAUUGCAAGCUUUGAAGGAUGUCACGUGAUGUCACGAGCGGACUGUGUAUGUAAUACCACAGACAGAGAUUAGACAUGGCGAGCUCAUGUGAACAGAUGUAGAAGUAAGCACUUGUAUUUCAAAGUAAGUACUUAGUUAAGUAGGUGCUUGUGGUUGGUGGUGAUAUACAGGGUCAUUUCUAAUUUAACAUGCCUAAGUUUAUUUUGUUUGUUGUUUGUUUGUUUGUUUGUUUGUUUGUUUGUUUGUUUGUUUGUUUGUUCUUUAGAGAGUCCAGAGAUUUUUCCGAACUUAAUUUAAGAACAAGGGUAAGAUCGAAGUUAUGAGGCUAAUGGUUACUGCAGCUGUUGCUUGGAAUGGAUGUCAGAAAAGAAUUUAGAAAUAAAAUUUUACUUGGAAAGUGUUUUUAGUUGCUGGUUUUCAAAGAAAGUGUAUGAACUAGCUUGCGCGCGCGCGCGUGUGUGUGU